AGCCCUACCCCAAACCUGGCUGCUGAGCCCGGUGGCCCCGGCCGCGUUUGCCUGGCCGAGGCUUCCGCGAGGCCGGCGGAAAAGACACCAUUGAACUCACUGCCCGCCGGGCUCUGUCUGGGCGCGCCCCUACCCCCGGCGCUGUGCGACCCGCUGCUGUCCCGCCCCAGUCGUCAGCUUCUUGUAAGUGCUUGGCGAGGGGGCCCCUCCCCCAAGGCUCCGACCGUCCUCCUGGGGCCGCGCAGUGGCCUCGACUGAAAAGGUGACCGAUUUACCUUGAGCGCAGCGUCUCUGGAAGGGGCUGGAGCGAGUGCGAGCAGCAGAGCUACCUAUGUGGCUGGGGGAUGUCGAGGGCCCAGAGCCCCUUCCUGGACUCUGAAUAGCACCCCAGGUUGCCUCGUCUCCGGGACACACUGAAUGCCCCAGACCCUAAUUCGGAAGUGAAAUAGAGGCUGGCUGUCUAGGGGAGCCACCUGAUCCUUUCAGCCAUGAAGGCAGAAACACCAUCCUCCCUCCCGGAGAUCCCAGCUGGGUGCAGCGGUGGCCUCAAUAGCCUGCUGAGUAGCCGGAAGCUGGUGGCUGUGGGGGUCCUACUUGGCUGGCUUCUGGUCAUCCACUUUCUGGUCAAUGUGUGGCUUCUGUGUCUUCUGUCUGCCUUGCUGGUGGUGCUGGGAGGAUGGCUAGGACCAAACGCCAUUGUGGGGGCUUCAGGUCGACUGCACCUGGAACGCUUUAUCCAGAUAACCACUUGCCCACCAAAUCCCCAGGCAGAGAGGCAACUGGAACAAGAGAUCAACUGCACCAUCCAGAUGAUCAUGAGGGAUUUUGUGUCAUCCUGGUACCGCUCAGUGAGCCAGGAACCAGCAUUUGAGGAAGAAAUGGAGGCUGCCAUGAAAGGGUUGGUUCACGACCUCCGGAGGAGAAUGAGCCAGGUGGACAGUCAUGCUCUUACCCAGAGGGUUCUGACUCUCUGUGGUUGUCACCUGCAGAGCUAUAUUCAUGCAAAGAAAGCCACAGCGGGAAAACAAAGUGAGCCCUCAGUUGAGUCCUGCCAGCUUUGGGAAGCUUAUUGCCAGGUUACUGCCCCACAUCCUGCAGUACAAAACCCCAGUGCUGAGGUCAUCUAUACACGAGGCAUUGUGGAUAUAUUGCUUCAAGGACUAGUGCCAAAGCCUCACUUAGAGACCCGGACUGGACGCCAUGUAGUGGUCGAACUCAUUACUUGCAAUGUAAUCUUACCAUUGAUCAACAAGCUGUCAGACCCUGACUGGAUUCACCUUGUACUUGUGGGCAUCUUUUCCAAAGCCAGAAACAAUCCAGCAGUAGUUAAACCACUCUGCCUAGCCAGUACCCUGGAAGAGCCCUUAGUGCCCACAUCUCUACCACUGGUUGUUGAGGCACAGAAUCUGCCAGAGGCAAGAGCCCCUUCCCCAGCAACAGUCCCAGUGUUUCCAAACAGUGAUGAACCAGAGGGACCUUCACAUCCAGUUGUUGAAGAAAGUCAUGACACCGUAGAUGGAGAUUUGGGUGAAAUAAAAGAAAGAAAAAUUGCUAACUCAUCUCAUUUCCUGCAGCCAGAUAUUCGAGGCCCUCUGUUCUUAUGUGAAGACCCAGAGCUGGAGUCUCCACUGUGUGAACUGAGCAAAGAAUCCAUAAUGCUUGUGACCUCAGGCAACUUCCUAUCUGACAGAAUCCAGGAUGCCCUGUGUGCCCUAGAGAAUUCUCAGUCUCUAGAAUCUAAGGAUGGUGAGGGAUGUGAAGGAGUUGAAGGAACAGAAGCUGAGGAGGGUCCAGUGACAGAAACAGGCCUACUGGUCUCCAUGCUGAAUUCCUGCCCUGAGAUUCAGGUUGACACGGCAGACAAGGAGGUAGAGCAUAGAGAUGCUACAUCUCUUACAGAUUUGCUGGCAAGUCCAGAAACAGCCUGCCCCGCACGACCCUCAUGCUUAGAGAAGGAUCUCACCAAUGGUGUGAGUUCCCUCGAUCCUAAUCUGCCACAGGUUCUGCUUUCUUCCUCUCCAACCGGUCCUCUCAGCUCAGCCACCUUCAGCUUUGAGCCCCUGAGCAGUCCAGAUGGCCCAGUUGUCAUCCAGAACCUGCGUAUCACUGGCACCAUUACUGCUCGAGAACACAGUGGCACUGGAUUCCACCCAUACACACUCUACACAGUGAAGUAUGAGACAGCCCUCGACAGUGAGCACAGCAGCAGCCUGCAGCAGCUAGCCUACCACACUGUAAAUCGCCGCUACCGCGAGUUCCUGAAUCUGCAGACCCGUCUGGAGGAGAAAUCAGAUCUACGGAAGUUCAUCAAAAAUGUGAAGGGUCCGAAAAAGCUCUUUCCAGAUCUUCCAUUUGGAAACAUGGAUAAUGACAGAGUAGAAGCACGUAAGAGCCUCCUGGAAUCAUUCCUAAAGCAACUCUGUGCCAUUCCGGAGAUUGCAAAUAGUGAAGAGGUGCAGGAGUUCCUUGCUUUGAACACAGAUGCUCGUAUUGCCUUUGUCAAGAAGCCAUUCAUGGUCUCCAGAAUAGACAAGAUGGUGGUGAGUGCUAUUGUGGACACCUUGAAGACAGCAUUUCCUCGCUCUGAACCCCAGAGCCCCACAGAGGAGCUGAGUGAGGCGGAGACAGAAAGCAAGCCCCAGACUGAAGGCAAGAAGGCUAGCAAGUCCAGAUUGAGGUUUUCAUCCAGUAAAAUUGCUCCAGCACUAAGUAUGACUGACACACAUGAAAAGAUUCUCUAUUGUCUCCAGGAUGGCAGUGUGGAGUCAGAGGUCCUGUCCAUGUCUGGGAUGGAAUCCUUUCUUGAAAAACAGUCAAAGUUACUAGGAGUGCAGCCAGAAGAUACCCCAGAAAAAGUUCCUCUACAGAUUCCCAAAGACAGUGUGGAUGGUUACUUACCAGAUACAGCUGUGCUAGCCCAACGUUGCAGCAGUGGUGAUCUAGGUACAGAGACAGAGUUAGCCGACACAGUCCUGGAUUUACUCCUCUUGCUGCUAAUGGAACAGUGGAGAUGGCUUUGUACAGAAAAUAUGCAGAAAGUUCUUCAUCUUAUCUUUGGUACCCUAAUUCAGAGGAUUGACAGAACAUGCCGGAUACCAGACAUGGCUCACCCACUCUGCUGCCCUCCACCUCUAACCAGGUGGCUAGAGGUGCAAGUAGCUAAUUUAACAUGUCCACAGCACUGGGUGCAAUACCUCCGACUUCUUCGGGAAUCAAUCUGGCCUGGUGGAGCUUUGCUUAAGUAUCCUCGAUCUGUAAGGACCAAGGAGCAGAAGAUGGCUGCUAAGAAACAGGCGCUGCAGAGCUUGAUGAGCAUCCUGCCAGAUAUCGUAGUGGAAAUCCUUGGGGUGAACAAAUGCCAGCUGAGCUGGAGUCUGGUCUUGGAGUCAGUGCAGCAACCCCUCAUCAACAGACAUUUGAUUUACUGCCUUUGGGACAUCCUCCUGGAAUUCUUGGAUCUCAGUGCCUCUGUUAAGGAGUCUCCUAUAACCACCUCUGCCUCAGCAGCCCCCAGCAACUCCAGGAGCACGAGUGUCUCCCCUUAGACUGGAGAUCAUUCCCAUUCUUUGAAGACUGGAAAAGGAGAGUUUCUGUGCCACCCGAAGACGAGUCAGGAAGCCUGUGCCUCGGGAACCCGGCUGUAGCUCAGAAGGCCUGGGUCCCAGCGCACCGCU